CUCGGUAUGCCGACUGACAGCGACGACGAGUUUGAUACGCUUCCCGAUGAACUCGAAGGCGUCGACUUCAGUACAAUUCCUGCGCUCAGUCAAGCACCAGUUGCGCACUUACGACCUUCAACGUCGAGACGAGCAUCUCCACACUCUUCCAACUACGGUUUCGAUGACGAACUGGACGACUCUACGCUAGCACAGGUAGAUGCACUUGAAGCGCAGGCCCUGAUGCGAGUACCGGAUGCGGGUGGAUCGAGGCAACCUAUAGUCGGACAAAGUGUUUCCUGUGAAACCCCGAUGGCUCGUCAGCCGCAGGCCCCUGCUGUUCAUUCAUCACAGCACGAUAGCGUUAUCUCAUCUAAGCGAUCCUGCCCUUUUCCUUCGCCAUCUUCCGAGAAAAGGGCUGGCAAGGCGAAAGAAAGCUCUGAAGCUCACGACAUCACGGUCUUAUUCGAUAUACUCGAUCAUGAGGUAUCCUGCCCCAUCUGCUGCGAUCUAUUUGUGGCUGCACAUAUAGGUAACCCUUGUGGGCACAGUUAUUGCGGUGACUGUGGGUUUGCAUGGGUUUCGCAGAACGAGCGUGCGCCGACAUGCCCUGUAUGUCGAAGGAAGUUGAAGAAGUCGCAGCCUCUUCUGCGUAAUUUCUCUGUGGACAACUUCGUUCAAGCUUACAUCCGCACCCAAGUGUUAGCUGGUCAGACGGAUUGGUUUCCGGGUGGAUCUAAGUUGGCGGAGUGGAAUGCACGUCAAGAAAUGUGGAAGUUAAGUGAUGCCGAUCGGUCUGAGAAGACGAGGAAGACGCACGCAACAUCGUCGCGAGGGCGGCACGCUAUGCAUCAGCCCCCUAUCCUUGCUCCUCCCAUACGAUAUAUGCAUUCUCUCGAUCUAAUGGUUGUCUCGGAUGAUGAAGAUGAAGAUCCGACUUGGCAAGAGGGUUUUGUCCCAGCCAAUGUUCACCCAGGGCAUGGGCAAAGGUCAACAACUCGUCGUUCAACAAGGGCAGAUGCUUCUUGGUAGCUGCUACAGACUUAGCGGGUCCUCCCGCGUCCACCAUCUAGCACACAGGUUAUGAAGCUAUCGUUUCAAUUGCAAACAUGUACAACUAUGAUAAACAACUUGAUUUAAGUACACGUAGAUGGACAUACAUGGUUUUGAGAGUCGACACUUAUAACUUCUCGCACCAAAGUGCCACGAGGAAUCAUACUUCAGAUCCC